CACAGCUGUGCAGGACUCUUCCCGGCCAGGAGUCGGCUACUUGUGGCGGUGUUCCCCUGUCCGCCACUGGGCUCCGUGGUUACUGGACUGGCUAACCGGUAGGAAUAUGACCGAGAAAAACGGGACGCUCUGAACAUCACGGACAGAAGAGAGGGGGAGAGCUAUUGUUACAAUGAAGGAUCUACAACAGCGAGACAACAAAGUAUAGCAAUAAGUUCGUGUUAUUGUCUUCUAUUGUGUUUUCCUUAGGAUGUAUUGACGGACAUAUCCGUGGAAUUGUAGCCUACUGAGGAUCUAUGCAACAUUUUUUUGUUUGCAAAUCGUCUGAACAAAGGAUACGUUCCGAAAUUUCGGGUGUGAUUUUGGAUCUUCACACAAGAAAGAAAACAGGGGUCACACGAAUAGGAAAACACGCCUGAUCUAAUAGUAUCAGCUGGCAUCACGGAGUGAUCAGACAUACAUCGAAAGUCAGUAGAGGAAAAUGGGAGAAGGAGCCACGUCUGACCUGUAAGCAUGCAUCCUCAGCAAAGAGAACGAGAGCAGCCCCUGUUCAGUGCCAAGGCGCACGUGUUCCAGAUUGACCCCGUGUCCAAGCGCAACUGGAUCCCCGCCAGCAAGCACGCCGCCACCGUGUCCUUCUUCUACGACGCCACGCGCAGUGUGUACCGGAUCAUCAGCGUGGGGGGGACCAAGGCCAUCAUCAACAGCACCAUCACGCCCAACAUGACCUUCACCAAGACGUCUCAGAAGUUCGGCCAGUGGGCUGACAGCCGCGCCAACACUGUGUACGGCCUGGGAUUCUCUACCGAGCAGCAGCUGCAGCAGUUUGCAGACCAGUUUAAAGAAAUUAGAGAGGCUGCUCGACUGGCCAGAGAAAAGUCCCAGGAGAAGUUUGAGCUGACCAACCCUGGCCUCAACAUCGCCGCCCCACAGCUCCCACGGCAGGCAUUGUCUGAGGACCGCCACUCCCCCCCCCUGCUGACGGUCAACGGGCCCGGAGAGGACAAGCUGUUCCGCAGCAAGAGCGCCGACACGGAGCUGACCGCCGAGAAGGAGCGCAUCAAGAAGAUGCUGUCCGAGGGGUCCAUCUGUGAGAUCAACAUGGAGGCGGAACUCUUCACGCUGCAGGACUCCAACGCCAAGCUAGUGGCCGCGCUGCACGAGGCUAACACCAGCGUGGACCAGUGGAAGAACCAGCUCGCCGAGUACCAGGACGAGACCGAGAGGCUCAGGGAACAGGUGGCAGAGCUGGAGACGCAGGUUGGGCGCCCGGAGCCUGGCGAGGCCGCUGGCAGAGACGAGUUGAGCCGCUCUCUGGAGGAGCUGGAGGCGCUGCUGAAGGCCAAAGACGAGGAAAUCCACAGUCUGCAGAGCAAGAAACCGGAUGUCCACGACCUGGAGAAGGAGAAGGAGGAGGCCCAGGAGAGGCUGCAGGAUGUGGAGGUGAAGAACGCAGAUCUGGAGGGGCGUGUGCGGGCGGCGGAAGAGACGCUGGCGGUGUCGAGGGACGAGCGCGGUCAGGCGGAGAGCGAGGUGCGCCGCAUCAUCGGCCUGCUGGACGUCAAGAUCCACGACCUCAACGACAUCCGCCACAGCCUCGCCAAGCUCAUCGACAAAUAGCCGCGUCCUCGGAGCACACACACACACACACACACACACACACACACACACCUCCGC